AUGAGGGUCGAGCACUGCUUCUUCUGUUCGGCGCCCUCGUACCCCGGUCGUGGCAUUACCUUUGUGCGCAAUGAUGCCAAGGUAUUCCGUUUUUGCAAGUCGAAGUGCCACAAGAACUUCAAGAUGAAGCGCAACCCACGCAAGGUGCGCUGGACCAAGGCGUUCCGUAAAGCCUCGGGCAAGGAGAUGACCGUCGACUCGACGCUCGAGUUUGAGAAGCGCCGUAAUGUGCCGGUACGCUACGACCGUGAUCUUGUGCAGGCUACGCUGUCGGCUAUGCAGCGUAUCCAGGAAAUCAAGGCCCGUCGCGAACGUGCCUUUUACCGUGCUCGUAUGGCCAAGGCGGCUGGCGGCAGCGUCAAGGCCAAGGCCAAGGAAGUCGAUCGCUUGGCUGUGCACCGUAACCAGCACCUGCGCCGCGCGAUCCAGGCCGAUGCCGCGAAGGCCGAGCGCAAGAAGGUCAAGGUGGCUGCGCGCAAGAGUGCAUUGGUCAGCGCCGGCGACGAUGGCAUGUCGAUGGGUAUGCACAUGGACUAA